AAUAAGUAUUAUUAAUAAUGUCGAUCCAUAUGAAGUGACGAAACUCGAGUGGUCCAACAGUGAGAAAAACUUUCCGAGUGUUUUGUAUCCAGACAUUGUAAAUUACUUGAUAUUUACAAAAAGUUUUUAUACUAUGGACGACAUGAAGGCAUGGAAAAGUUUAGAUGCUUUUAACCAGCUGACCUCUGGAUGGAUUAGUGACGUUGCAGUCUGCAUUAAGAAUGGAUUUCACAUUGUUCGAGCGAAGGUAGGUCACGUGUUCAUAUAAUAUAUAUAUACUAUAGAGAUAUACCAGGGCUUUAAGUGUCACUAAUUUGGGGACUUUGUUUAAGCAUAAGAAGGACUUUUUGGUGCAGUAAUUAUUAAGUUAAUAUUUUAGUAGGGCUUGAGGUCAGCAUGUUUGUACUUAAUUUUGGCAUACGAUAUGUAUUUGUACUUCACUUCAGUGCAAUCAAAAGCCCUGUACAUACUACUACUAUAAGUACGGAAAAAUAUCCGCCCGGUCCCCCCCUCCCCUAACCCUAACCCCAACCCCUAACCCUAACUAAUAAUAAUAAUGGAGGGGACCAGGCGGAUAUUAUACCAUUUAUUGAUUAAACAAACCAAUACAUUGUUAUAUAUACAUGUAUGAACCUUGACUUAGAAGAAAUGCUGUUUGCUGUAAUUUAUUAAGAAUUUACUUAUCAGAUAUAUAACUAUAACCAAUAUAACUUAAACAUGUGGUAAAUGAUUGUAAUAUUUUUUAUUGCUACUAAUAACAUACUUUUUAUUGAAGUUAUAAAGUAAAAUUAUCAAUACAAAUUAUUUCAGGUGUUACAUUCGCAAAGACUGAGAGAAAAGCCUUUGCAACCCUGGGUCAUUGCGGAGAAGAAUGGCAUGGUCUGCACAGCACACUGUGAUUGUAUGGCAGGGUUAGGUGAGGCUUGCACACACAUUGCAACACUACUGUUUGCAAUUGAUGCAACUGUGAAGAUCAGAGAUUCGAAGACUGUCACCCAAGAGCCGGCCUAUUGGCUUUUACCGUCUGCACUGAAAGACAUAAAGUAUCGACCAGUCGGCGAGAUUGACUUCACAUCAGCCCAGACCAAACGCUUGAAUUUGGACCAUUCAAUUGCAACUGGGACGCCUGUUGCAUGUCGUAUUCGCCAGCCUAAGGAAAUACCUGCUCCAAGUGCUAACAGAUUGGACAAGUUCCUGCAGGGACUUAGUAUUGGUAGGGUAAAACCUGCUGUCUUAUCAGUUAUAGAACCGUUCAAUGAUCACUUCAUUCCUCAACAGGCUCAAAAUAUUUUUCCAGAUGUUCUUUCUGACAUGUUCCAAGAAGAACUUUAUAUGCAACCGUAUAACAUCAUUUUGCAAAAAUGUACUUCAGUUAACAUCAGUGCUACAAGGGAGCAGAUUGAAGCCACAGAAAUGGCAACUAGGGGUCAAUCAAAUUCCCGACUGUGGCAGCGUUAUCGAGCGGGGCGCAUAACUGCAUCAAAAUUCCGAAAGGUUUGUAAAACUGAUCCUUCACAGCCAUCUCCCAGCUUGAUUAAGGAUAUUUGCUAUCCCGAGAAAAAAAAUGUAAAUACACCAGCAACACGAUGGGGUCUGUUAAAGGAAAGAAAAGCAAAGGAGCAGUACUUGGAGCUGAUGAAAAUGAAACAUGUCAACUUCAAGAUGAGAGAUUCUGGUUUUGUCAUUAGUGAGGAGCACCCACAGAUUGGAGCAUCACCCGAUGGAUGUGUCCCACCUGUGACUGUUGUGGUGAUGGUUGCUUAG